AUGCAGCCAUGGAGGAGUCAGAAGCAAUGCACGAGGAUGCGACAGGAGUCACUUUCCAGGUUGUUUUCGAAGUCAUUUGUGGUUCGCUUCUGGCACUAUGGGGUGGCAUCGGAGAGUUCAAGACCGACGCUAAGAUCACUCUGUGCAAACUUUAGCCAAAGAUUGUAUACAAUAUGCAUAUAA